AUGGCCAGAGAACAGACUACAGUAGCAGUUGGCCGCGCGAGCCGUCGACGCGUCAUUGCCGACCGGCCCGAUGGGGGGCGCUGGCGGGCAGCACUCAGGCCUAAGUGGGCCGGGGGCCUGUGCGCUGUUCGCGGUGCUGCUCGGCCUGAGCCUUCAAUCGCUACCCGCCCACCCGGCCCAGCCCUCGUCAUCCUCGUCAGAAGGUACCUCACAGUUGGAUUUGUCUCCACAGUAUGUGGCAGGAGCCGAUUUUCUGGAAAGAUAUUUGGUGGUCAGAAGGCAGCCUCGGAACGGUGGCCAUGGCAGGCUAGUUUGUUGUAUCAUGGCAGCCACAUCUGUGGUGCAGCCCUCAUCGACAGAUACUGGGUAACAUCUGCAGCCCAUUGCUUCCAGAGGUCCCAAAGGCCAUCUGACUACCGGAUCCUGCUAGGUUACAACCAGCUAAGCAAUCCCACCAACUACAGCUUGAAGAAGACAGUGUAUAAGCUCAUUGUCCACCCAGAUUAUGACAAGUUCCACCGGCAGGGGAGUGACAUUGUCCUGAUGCAGAUGCAUACGCCUGUGGAGUUCAACUCCCACGUCUUCCCAGCCUGCGUCCCAAGCAAUGCCACGCAGCUGCUCCAAGAUAGGCCCUGCUGGAUAAGUGGCUGGGGCAUGAUCACUGAAGAUACAUUCCUGCCUGAGCCAAGACAGCUGCAGGAGGCUGAGGUGAUCCUCCUGGACAACCGUUACUGCGCAGUCUUUUUCCAGCCUCCUGACCCCAACAGCACUGGGCAUUAUGCUGUGAAGGAUGACAUGGUGUGUGCUGGGAACUUUAGGCAAGGAGUAUCCAUCUGCCGAGGAGAUUCUGGGGGUCCCCUCGUCUGCCCCUAUAAGGAUGGCUCCUGGUAUCUGGUGGGGCUGUCCAGCUGGAGUGUGGCAUGUUAUCAUCCAAUGGACAGUCCUAGCGUCUUCACCAGAGUUUCCUACUUCUUCGACUGGAUUGAAAAGAACAAACAGGCUUCGGGUGAGCCUGAGCCUGGCAUCAUCCCUCCCAAGGAUGACGGCCCAGCUCUGGCUGGCUCUCAUAGCCAUGGCUCUCAUGGCCAUGGCUCUCAUGGCUUGGCUCUCAAGCCAAGCAUCUGCCUGGUCCUGCUGUCUGCACCGCUUUUGCUCAGGAGUCUAAGAUAG